AUGCCCGCCCGGGCCCCUACCGAAGUUCUGAAGUCCUGCCUGCUGAGCAACGGCAUAAAGAGCGUCUCGAUCCGUAAGCGAGACGCCCAGACCGAGCUGACCAAUCUGGUCGACGAGGCCACCACCCUCGCCAAGCGCGUGGACCGCGUUCCGGGUCGAGAUGUCGACCGAUCGGAGUUCGUGCGCGAACUCAGCCAUCACCACCGACUCGGACAAGUUCUGCCGCUCGCUCAUUUUGAGCAACUUUUUACUGCGGUCGUGCUGGCUCGUUAUCGGUACAGGUCGGAUAGUAGCCACCUCCCAAAACUGGACGAAGACCCGGCCACCCGCGGCCACCUCGCAGGCGCCGUCGAUGCCUUCGAGAAGGCCGCGUGGUUCUGGGAGACCGUCGAGGCGUUCUUCGAGGACGACCACCCCCGCGCCGACGAGGCCGAGCGUGGUGCGUCCUCAUCGGAAGCCGAGGAUGGGGCUGACCAGGGCUUUGUUGCCGGCUCGUCGUCUGUCGGCGAAUCUGCUGAUGCCGGUGCUGCCGCGUCUACCUCCGUCGCCGCGGCCAACCACUCGGCGGUCGCCACCCUAGCGGCCGGUGUUGGAGCGAUGGAUCUCGACGACGACGUCGAGGUAGUUGACUCGGAGAUGGAGGUGGACGAUUAG